UUGCCGCGCCAUGUUGGCACACCUGUUGGCGCACGCAGCCCAUGGAGUCGAGGUUGUUCACGGCGCGCUGUAUGGAUGGAUCUGGAGAAGUUUUUUGCAACUAUCAAGUUGUGCAUGUCAUGCAGCUGUUUGAGUACAGUCAGACAGUGGGCCAUUCAUAGGCUACUUUAAAACUUUUUUUUUUCAUUUUUAUGUGAGAAAUUAGGUAUCUCCAAAUAACACCUUUACAUAGAGAGGAAGCAAUAAUAAGAGAAUGCAGACAGAAUUAUCCACCAUGCUGAAUGCAUUCAGGCAGCUUGAGGAGCGUAGUCUGGCUACAGAGGUGUCACUAAUGUGCUGGUCUCCUCGUAUGGAUCUGGUAGCUUUAGCCAACGUUAAUGGAGAGGUGUUACUUCAGAGACUAACUUGGCAGAAGCAACCAGUAUGGGUCCUACCACCUCCUGCAAGUGAAGAAAACAAAAAGGUCAAUGUACUGUCAUGGAGACCAGAUGGCAAAGUUCUGGCAGUAGGAUACAUGGGUGGUCUUCUUCUCUUGUGCAGUGUAGAAAAUGCUGAUGUAUUACAUAGUAUGGAAUUUAAAUCCACAAUCACAUGCAUGCAGUGGGUUGAUGUAAAGCAGCAAGAGUUGCAGGAUACUAAGACUACAGACAGCCUCAAAGGCCAAGAACAGGAUUUAUUUGCUGAUGGCUCAGAUGUAUUCCUGCCAAAGCUUCCACCACUUGCCAAAAUACAUUCAGCAAAGGCUUUUUCCGAGGACAAUGUUGAGGAUGCUAAACGAAUAAAAGGACAGAAAAGCCUUAAUGUUCUAGUUGUUGGUUUACAUGGUGGCAUCCUGCAGUUGUAUGCAUAUGGCAUAGCUGCUAUUGGAGAAAUCAAGCUCUGUAGACUGUGUCAAGAACAAAGGCCAGACAAGCAGUUUCACUGCAGAAAGGUAAUUGCAGCAACUCUCUCCAAAGACCUACGCAGUCUGUCUGUAAUGUUAGACCAGUCCCAUGAUGACACCAACUUCGAGUGUACUGUUUAUCUGCUGUCGCUUGACUGCAUUUUGAUGUCAUCAAGAAUGGAUGAACUUACCCGAUUUGCAUUUCAAAGUAGCAAGAUCACUACAUUUUUAGAGUACCUAAGUGCAACAUUACACUCUGUGUCAGAAGCUAGGGAAGAUAUUCUCAUGGAAAUCGAAACCAAGCUGACAAAAUAUGCAGAGCAAAAGAAGGCUGCUGGUAGCAUCCGUGAUGAGUUGCUUCAGUUGCUUCUAUGGGGGCGUGCUAGUCCUGAAUUACAAGCUUUCUUGCUACAUGAGCUGACAGAAAAAGGCAUGAAGAAAUUGGGCCAGUCUGUGGAGAACUCCUACUCAAACAUACAAAAACUAGUCUUGAAACACAUUUACAGUGUUGGUCGUUCACUGGUGUAUCAUCUAAACCACCUGAAGGGAAUGUCUCUGUGGUAUGACAAGUAUGGCAUUAUUGGGCUGUCACCAACAGCAAUUGAAGAUGCCAUUGGGACAGUUGGGUCUUUCAUGCUUAAAGCAAGUGAACUUCUCCAGGUGAUAGACUCCAGCUUGAAGAAUUUUAAAGCCUUUUUUCGCUGGUUGUAUGUUGUGAUGAUGAGACUUUCUGAGGAACCAGUACCAAGUGCUUUGAACAAGGUGAGGCAGAGGGACAUUACCUUCAUCUCAGAUUUCCUGGCAGAAAAUUUCUCUGAAGAAAUUGGUGAUUUAGGUGAGACUGGAAAGCAGUCUGGCUUCACUCUGGAACGGGUUGGUCAGUAUUUGAAACGUCAGGACUUACAGUUCCUACUGGUCCCAUCACCUAAUGUUGAGACCUGGCAGGCGAGCACUGACAGUAGUCCUUAUCUUAAAAGUAGUCCACUGCUGUACAAGCAUCACCCUACCAAGUCACUGCUGCAGCUCUUUGAUAAUAUGGAAGAAGCUAUCAGAGAUGCCCUUACCAAGCCAGCAGUGGCAGUGGGCCAGUCAGUGAGAUGCCUUGAAAUAGUGCCUUUGUACACACACUCAGCACAAGGCAAUGAGAGCAAUAGGAAGGAACUUCGCCAUGCUGCAGUUAAUCAGCAUCCUCACUCUGAGACACCCUUCAUAUACACUGUGCUGAUGGUACAGGAAGCACCAACAGAAGUUAUGUAUCUCAUCAGACAGCCCUGUUUGCGAGAUGAAACCCAAGCUCCAACUGGUGCUCUGUGUUUGCGUUUCUCUUCUCUGGGAACUGGAGACUACAGUGAUGGCAUUGUAUCCCAUCACUCACAAAGAGGUAACCAAUACGAGAUACUGGAUUCAGCUUUCUUUGACAACCACACCUUGUCAGUCCUUCUUCAAGAACGAUGGGGUGGACCUGAAAGUGCAUCAAUCAUAUGUCAAGUUCCACUUGCAGCACUCCUUCACCAGCAAUUUACCCUACUGAGUGAGCAUGAUGAGCCACUGAAUCAAAGAGCAGAUGUAAUCAGCCUUGAUGCUGGGGGAUAUGUCAGCCACAGUCGAAGAUUGGAUAACAUCAAAGCUAGUAUAUUUGCUGUUAGUGGAUCCAGGAAAGUGUCAUGUGUGUUGUUUUCUAAUCAUCGGAGAGUCCGACUUUUUGACAUGGAUGCAGAAGAUGAUGGUGAAGAUGAGAGCUUAUCAGAGAGUUUACAAGAUACAAGCAGUGCUGGGAUGGCCCCAGUAGAAAUGGCUGUAGAUGAUAAAGACAGUAACAAGGAGAAC